AUGGCACCCUCGUGGAGAAACGAAACUUCAAAUCACGCCCAAAUUAAUAACCAUCUAGAUCAGAAAGGUUAUUGUGGCACCACUCUGAACUGCUACUGGCUCGACAAAAACUGUUGUAACCAAGAUUCCAUUGACUUUGCCAAAAGACAAUCAUUGCAAUGGUUUAAUAAUACAGAUAACAGUUUCCGGUCAAGACUCAACUCUACGCUCUACUCGAUGGGUUUAUGUUCUGCUGUGACAACUACAACUGCCACAACCGAAGAUCUGAACUGUUCAUAUCUCCCUGACGCCUGUUGCAGUGUUCCCACAUUGAACUACUUGAGCGUGAUGUCCCCAAAUUGGACAAGACCUUUUAGUUCAGAAUGGAAAGCCAGAUUGAUUAUUCAUCUUGCUGAAAGAGGUUAUUGCCCGACACUUUCUACGACAACUACUGCAUUGAAUUGUUUCUACCUCAGAGAGUCAUGUUGUAAUCCUAGAGCAGUCAUGUACCUGAACACUUAUGUAUCAACAUGGGAAAAAAUUACCGACACAGUAUGGCAAACAAGAAUGCAGGAUAAUAUUACUAAACAAGGCUACUGUCCGGAUGGAGCUACCACUGUAUCGACACUAGAUUGUGGCUGGCUUGAAGAGAAAUGCUGUACUCCAGAAGCAGUGGAAUUAGCAAACAAUGCAUCGAGCAGUUGGAGAGAUAUAACAAAUGCGACUCGGCGUGCAAAUUUCCAGGACAGUUUGGUUGCUAAAGGACUAUGUGACAAUGGUGAGUGUUAG